CUGCUAACCAUUCACUGACUGUUCCAAACAGCCAUUGUUUCAACAAUUGGCUUUUUGCAGGAGUAUGGGAUAGCAGGGGAUGUUACCGUCAUCUGGUCCAAAAUAACCAAAGUGAAGUCAGUAUUCUUGGAGCAGUCAGACACGUUUUGUGUGUGUUGGACUCCAUUAACGUUGCCCCUUAUCUACAGUUCUAUAUGAGAUAUUCAGGGAAGUAUCUCAAGGCGCCGCUGGCAUGAGGAGAGUGUCCAGGUUGGAAAUCUCAGAACUGCAUCUCUGGUUUUUGCAGAUGACUUGGCCUUAUUGGCUUCAUCAGUCCAUGACCUCCACCAUUCACUGGGGUGGUUUGCAGUGCUCGGCAUCUCCAGUCUCAUGAUGCGUAAAUCCGCUGGUCUGAUGCUACACAGAGGCACCAUCUAGUCCCUCUGAGCCAUUUGUGGAAAGGAUUUGAGUCACAGCUCCUGUGAGAGUCUGCCUGAAAAAUGAUGACCACAGUCAAGCAGCAGUGAUCUGGACCAGAGCCACAGCAGAGAUGAAUGCAUCUAAUGAGUCCUACUACCUGGAGGAGGAGAUGCUGGGUAACUCCACCUGGGCUUACUCCUACUAUCACCAAAACUACACCCUGUCCCCUCCACUGCUACCGGCCAAGACCAGCACUUCCAAACCCGCAGCAUGUGAGCAGGUCCACAUUGCUGUAGAGGUCUUUCUGAUCCUGGGUAUCAUCUCCCUGCUGGAGAACAUCCUGGUCAUCACAGCUAUAGUAAAGAACAAGAACCUCCACUCACCAAUGUACUUCUUUGUCUGCAGUCUAGCAGUGGCAGACAUGCUGGUGAGUGUGUCCAACGCCUGGGAGACCAUCAUCAUUUACCUCCUCAACAAUAGACAGCUGGUGGUGGAGGACCACUUCAUUCGGCAAAUGGACAAUGUGUUUGACUCCAUGAUCUGCAUCUCUGUGGUUGCGUCGAUGUGUAGCCUGUUGGCCAUUGCUGUGGACAGGUAUGUCACUAUCUUCUAUGCACUGAGGUAUCACAACAUCAUGACAGUGAGGAGAGCUGGCUGCAUCAUUGGCUUAAUCUGGACCUUCUGCACUGGCUGUGGGAUCGUCUUCAUCAUCUACUCAGACACCACCCCUGUCAUCAUCUGCCUGGUCUCCAUGUUCUUCGCCAUGCUGCUCAUCAUGGCCUCCCUCUACAGCCACAUGUUUAUGCUCGCUCGUUCCCACGUCAAGCGUAUUGCCGCCCUGCCAGGCUACAACUCCAUCCACCAGCGAGCCAGCAUGAAGGGGGCCAUCACACUGACCAUCCUGCUGGGGAUCUUCAUUGUGUGCUGGGCGCCCUUCUUCCUCCACCUGAUCCUGAUGAUCUCCUGUCCGCGGAACCUGUACUGCGUGUGCUUUAUGUCCCACUUCAACAUGUACCUCAUCCUCAUCAUGUGCAACUCUGUGAUUGACCCACUGAUCUAUGCCUUCAGGAGUCAAGAGAUGAGGAAGACUUUCAAGGAGAUCAUCUGUUGUUACAGCCUGAGAAAUGCUUGCAACAACAUCUGCGCUCUGACAGGUAAGUAUUGAGAGACAAACCAAUGGUUGGUGGGUUAGGAUGAACAAACUGGAUCUAACACUGGAGCAUAAGCAUAAAAUUCUGUCAAAAUACACUAUUUGAGAACUGUAAAUGCGACACUCACUGUAUAUAGGAAGCUUAAGCUACUGUCUCCUAAUGUAUCUGCCUUGUAAGCAAAGUGGCUAAUUCAUCAGGCACAUAUUUAAACACACAGCAAGGACCAUCUGAAAUCAUUCAUUUGAAAGUGCAUCACAGAAAACUGUUUGUGGCCUUCCUUUCCUUUCAAGCUGACAUUUCUUUAAUCAGUCUGUUUUUUUUAAUUAGUGAGCUCAUCAUUAGUCCCACUUUAAUGCUGCUAAUAACCUGCAGAAUGUGUUACCUUGUUAAGCCCUGUAUCACCAAAUGGCGUAUGACUAACACAACAAUAUCGUAAUUUUACAUAUUGUCACAAUGCAUUUUAUGCUUUUUGCUUGUGGUUUUACUUGCCAAUGUUAUAAAAGAGAAAAGAAAAAGAGAAAAAAAAAGUCAGGUGAGAGUGAGACAGUCCUCAUUGGGAGGUGGUUG